AUGCCUGAACCCACUUCAAGCAGUGGCACCCGUUCGAAGCCAGCCACAAGAUCAUCGCUUCGACACUCAUUAAACUUUGCGUCUAUGGGCAAGGCACUGGUAGAUGUAAUUAACAAGGAGGCUCGCGACGGGGAGAAAGCUGCGAAGAAGACAAAAGAGGUUCAUUCCCGCCGCUCGAGUGCUAUUCACCUUCAACCCCCGUCGGCACCACGUACUUCGUUGGGUGACUCUAAACCCAUGUUUCUUUCCAAGAAAGAAGAUUCUCCGGAGACGAAAACGAUUACUCGGCGCCGGAUGUCUAUGCAGAAAGCCGUACUCGAUGACAGCGCGACAUCCUCUGAUGUGGCUUCUCCCCCGCAGGCGGGAGUGAAGCGCUCGUCGUCACUGCGCCCACGAAUGGGAGGGUCGACGGCUUUGCCGAAGUAUCGGCCUAAAUCUGCCAUUUAUGAUUCUGGAAUCAAGAUACCUUCACCUCCUAGGAGCGGCAAGAAGAGACCCGACAGCUCAGACGAGGAUAGGCAAGUGGACAACAAGCUAGCCGCCACCGACAAGGACGUUCAACGUAUCAGUCCGCUCCCUCGCAAAUCGGCCAUAAAGGCCAACCUCAGUAACGCCAUUCAUCUUUCUCCAGCAACCACACCCAUUGACACUCGUCCUACUACCCCCAAGUCCUCUAAAUCGUCAUCGGCAAAGUCUUCACCGUCAAGAUUGGCUAAACACACUAAAUCUGCGUCUGUUUCCGCCAUAAGACCACCAUCUGUCUCUUCAACGACUAGCUCGCAUACACCCCGUACUCCCAAGACACCCCUCAGCUCGAAGCUCAUAUCAGGCUCGCGUCGAUCAGUGAAAGAAGUGGUCUCGCAGAGCGAUAGCUCUCAACGUGGAUCACCUUACUCCAGCGCCUCAGAGUCCCCGCUUGCUCGCCAUUCGCGCCAUCAUUCAGCAUCUAUCACCCCCACUAAGAGUCGUUCCUCUGCUAAGGAUGUUCUCAACAUGUCCCAUAUCUCUGAGGUUGACAGUGAGGAUAGCUUUGACGCUGACGAUGUCGAAUUAUUGCUUGCACCCGUAACGCACCUUGCAGCACCUACGCCUGCUAUGCCCCGCCUCCAAACUCGCCGACAGCGUGAAGAGCCUGAAACCCCCACAAGAGGCUACACUAACAACCUACCGACAAGGGCGAAUAUGUCCUAUUUGUCACCCCUUCCACCCACCUCUGAUGAUAGUCCACCUUCGCUUCGUCCACCAAAGCAGGGCAGCGCUAAAGCAGCCCGUGGUUCGAUCCUCUCUUGGGACCAAAUCGCUGAGGAAGCCUCCAGGGUUUUGGAACCUGGAGAAGUUGAGAGUAUGAUCUCAGAUAUCCCUGCGCCAUUUGCUCCUGGUCUUAUCUCUCCAGCUCCCAGUAAUUCCUUCCUGCCAGACGUCCCGGAGAGCCCGUGUCUUAGCUCUAUCAACUCCCCCAGUGGGUACGGUUCUAUAUCCCAGGUCCUUCUCCCAGACGUGACUCCUUCUCCCGCUGUACAUCAUUAUUCACCCCCAGCCCGCGACAGAGACCUAGAUGGUGCUGCCGACGCGUCACUUGUUACCCUCCUACGCCUACAACUUGCAGCCGCAGAGAACACCGCUAAAGAGCGUUUGUACCAAAUGCAGGUUAUGGAAAAGGAGAUUCAUACCGUAAAGAAUACACGACGACAGGACGAGGAGAACUUAACCCAACAACUCGAUUGCUUGGAGACAAACAUGCGAGAGCAGUUGGAAGCGCGAGAACGCACUGAAUGCGAGCGUCAAGUCUAUAUCGCAUCUCUGGAACUUCGCCUUCAGCAAACCGAUGCUGCUCAAUCAGAGGCUGUGGACGACGCAGUGGCAAAAGCUGCAGAGGCUUUGAGACGUUCGCAUGCAAGAGCGCUGCGAGUCGAGUCUUGCAAGUGGACGGCUGCAUAUUCUGCACGAGAAGCUUCGUCGAAAUGGUUUUCCAUCAGAGAUGAGGCUCAAAUCCUUCUCGAAGAUGUAAACCAGGACCGGGAAGUUCUUGCUAUCCUUAAAGCUGAGCUCGAUCUCCUAGACGCUGCUGCAUGA